GGGGCCAACCAGCCAUCCUGCCUGCCUAUUGAUCUCCAAACAUCUGGAACACGUCAUAUUUGUUUUUACAAGGCAAAAAAAAAAAAAAAAAAAACGGGUGAGGGGGGUGGGAGCUCGGCGAUCGCUCUGCAUGCAUGGAGGAGUGAGACAGCAUCACCAUCAGCACCAAGAAGCAGGACACCGCCGGAGCACUUGACACCUUCCUUCCACGGCGUGUGUCGUGUGUGCGAGGCUGGCUCUGCAGGCCGAUCCAUGGCAUCUUGAUCCAGUGCAGAGGCUGGCGCAAAGGAUCGAAUAAAAGCAGCAAUCGAGGAGGAGGAGCGGAUUUUAAUCCAAUUUGGUACUUACUCGGGGGUGGGUGGGUGUUUUUUUUUUUUUUGGGUUUGUUUUUUAUUUUUUUUGGUGGGAGGGCAAGAGGUUUGGCGCGGCGAUGGACUGGCAUGGCAUGGCUCGCCUCGGAUUCUUCCUGUGGGCUCUGCUGCAUGGAAUGUGGGGACUGAGCGCCGCCUGCCCGGAGUCCUGCACCUGCACCGUCUCCACGAUUGUUUGCGUCAAUCCCGAACCGGGCAUCGAGGAUUUCCCGCUGCUGACGCUGGACGAGAUGGAGAACAUCAACGAGAUAUACAUCGCUAAUCAAACCCAGCUGUUAAAACUCAACAGCGACACUUUGAGGCACUACAUAAAUCUACGGAACCUAACAGUGACAAAGACCGGAUUGAUGGCCAUCUCCUUUGACGCAUUUUACAACAACACAAGACUUCAAUACGUAAAUCUGCGAGACAACAACCUGUCAAUACUGUCAUGGAGGACUUUCCAGAACUCCAACGCCAACUAUUCGCUCAUGCUGUCUGGAAACCCCCUGAAUUGUGUGUGUGACAACGUUUGGCUCAAACUGAGGAACCAAGAGAAACCGGAGGGCCAAGAUCUGAAAUGCAAAGACGACAAAGGAGCAACAAAGGCCUUCGCCACGCUCACCCCGCCCAACUGCGUGGCUCCCCAAGUAGAGGUCACCCCCACGGUGGUGACCGCGAUGCAGGGGGGCAGUGUCAAAGCGUUGUGCAGCGCAUCGGGCUCACCUUCGCCAGAGAUCGACUGGAACCUUGACAUGAUUUCCUCUCGCUACGAGAUCAAGCCAAUGGAUAUGAAGCUCAGCCUGACCCUCUCAGACCUUUCGCCAGAAGAUAGCGGCAGGCUGAUCUCGUGCAGCGCGGAGAACAUGGUCGGCCAGACGGAGGCCAUGCUACAGCUGAAUAUUCUCUUUGCCCCCAUCAUCGUGCAGCUGUCGGAGCCAACGGAGGACCAUGAGUGGUGCAUCCCCUUCAGCGUGACCGGCAACCCUAAGCCGGAGCUGCAGUGGUACUUUGAGAACGUGACCAUCCAGGAGCAGAACUACAUCCGCACCAUGUACCCCGAUUCCUUCAACAGCGAGUACCACGGCUGCCUGCAGCUCGCAAACCCCACGCACAUCCACAACGGUGUGUACAGGCUGGUGGCCAAAAACGAGUACGGGAGGGACGAGAAGAAGGUUUCGGCCCAGUUUAUCGACCCACCGUUCAACCACACAGUCCAUCUUUAUCUUUGGUUUUCUUUUCUUUCAGACACACCGCUGCCCCCCCUGGACGACAGUAUCGCCAUUUACGUUAUCGUGGGAAUUGCUGGAGUGGCGUUAACUGGCUGCGUUCUCAUGGUGAUCAUUCUCAAAUAUGGAAGAAACUCCAAGUUUGGAAUAAAAGGCUCUUCCUCAGUCAUCAGCAACGACGAUGACUCCGCGAGCCCUCUCCAUCACGUCUCCAAUGGCAACAACACCCCGUCGUCCUCCGAAAUGGGUCCAGACGCAGUGAUGAUCGGGAUGACAAAGAUUCCUGUCAUUGAGAACCCGCAGUACUUCGGCAAAUCGGGAAGCAUGCUGAAAGCUGACACGUUCGUCCAACACAUCAAGAGACACAACAUCGUGCUGAAGCGGGAGCUCGGUGAAGGUGCGUUCGGCAAGGUCUUUCUAGCCGAGUGCUACAACUUGACACCCGACUACGAGAAGAUCCAUGUGGCCGUGAAGACGCUGAAGGAGGCCAGCGAGAGCGGGCGAGCAGACUUCUACCGAGAGGCGGAGCUGCUCACCAACCUGCAGCACGAGCACAUCGUCACCUUCUAUGGCGUGUGUGUGGAGAGCGACCCUCUCAUCAUGGUCUUUGAAUACAUGAAACAUGGCGACCUCAACAAGUUCCUCAGGUCCCACGGGCCCGACGCGGUUCUGAUGGCCGACGGUCAACACAGCAUCCUGGUGGAGCUGACCCAGUCCCAAAUGCUGCACAUCGCCCAGCAGAUUGCAGCCGGCAUGGUCUACUUGGCCUCUCAGCACUUUGUGCACAGAGACUUGGCCACCAGAAACUGCCUAGUCGGGGAGAACCUGCUGGUCAAGAUCGGAGAUUUCGGCAUGUCCAGAGACGUCUACAGCACAGACUACUACAGAGUGGGCGGUCACACAAUGCUACCCAUCCGCUGGAUGCCGCCAGAGAGCAUCAUGUACCGGCGCUUCACCACGGAGAGCGACGUGUGGAGUCUGGGCGUGGUCCUCUGGGAGAUCUUCACCUACGGCAAGCAGCCCUGGUACCAGCUCUCCAACAAUGAGGUGAUCGAGUGCAUCACGCAAGGACGUGUGCUCCAGCGGCCCCGCACCUGUCCCAAGGAGGUGUACGACCUGAUGCUUGGCUGCUGGCAGAGGGAGCCCUACAUGAGGCUCAACAUCAAGGAGAUCCACGCCAUGCUCCAGAGCCUCGCUAAGGCCUCCCCCGUCUAUCUGGACAUACUGGGCUGAGGAGGCGCUGUACAGUACGUGUGUGUGUGUGUGUGUGUGUGUGUGUGUGUGUGUGUGUGUGUGUGUGUGUGUGUGUGUGUGUGUGUGUGUGUGUGUGUGUGUGUGUGUGUGUGUGUGUGUGUGUGUGUGUGUGUGUGUGUGUGUGUGUGUGUGACAGAGAGAGAAAAUAGCAGGGAGGGCGUGCGUCUGUGUACAGUGCCUGGCUGUAAAUGUUUCUUGUAAAUGUUAAUUGUCCUCAUUUCAUUGAGAAAAGUCUUCAAUUUGGACGCAUUUUUGCUUUGCUUUAGCUUCCCUUCGGGGUGUUUACAGUCGGCCGUUUAAAAAGUCAUGCGUUUGUUAACAGGGGGCGCCAAAAAUGCAUUGUGGCUGACGCGAGACCGUCAAUGACACAAAUACCAAGGCAUAAACGUCGAUUUAGUCCUAAUGCAUAUUUACCGCAAAUGAACAAAAAGGAUUUGACGGAUUUACCGUUUUUUUUAAUGUGCGUAAGAAUAUUUAAAGAAAAUUACAAAUGUUGACUGAAUUCAUUUUAAAAUUUUAAAACAUAUCCCACAGUGAUAUGUUUUAAAAUUACAAUACCUUUUAAGAAUAUCAUUUAAAUAUUGUUAUGUAUUAAAUAUAUUAUAUAUAUUCUACUCUGAUUAUAUUAUAUCAUAUUUAUUUCUCAGUGAUAUUGUUGUGUUUGUGAGAAAUGUAAUUCAUUAUAUAAUAUUUAUUAUUAUUUUAUUUUAUUACAUUUUAUUCAUUAUUUUUUAAUCAGAUCGUGAAAGUUAUUAUCAUGAAUAUUUUACUCAUUUACAGUGAAAUACUGAGUACUGACAUUUUAACUGUUGACAGUUACCUGAAUACAUUACAUUACUUUUGAGACAUCUUCCAAAUGUUUUAUUAUAAUAGCAUUUCAUGAAAACUGUAUAUAUUUAUAACUAUUUUAUAGUAUUUAUUUUUCAUUCAUAUUUUUCUUUCAGCUUUAAGUCUCAAAAUGUAGCUCUAAAUGACAUGUUUAUAUAUUACUUAUGAGUUACUGUGUUAUUCUGAUUGAUUUCAAAUCAAUCCCUAAAAGUAAAGAAUAUUUGGUACAUUAGUUUUUAUUUAUAGGGCACUUAUUGAAAUUAGGGCUGCAACAACUAAUCGAUUAAAUCGAUUAAAAUCGAUUAUAAAAAUAGUUGGCGAUUAAUUUAGUUAUCGAUUCGUUGGAUCUAUGCUAUGCGCAUUCGCAGGGGCAAUUAUUAUUAUUAUUUAUUUGUUUAAAAAAAAUUUUUUAUUUAUUAAUUUUUUUUAAUAAACCUUUAUUUAUAAACUGCAACAUGUACAAACAGCUGAGAAACAAUAAUCAAAAUAAGUAUGGUGCCAGUAUGCUGUUUUUUUUUCAAUAAAAUACUGGAAAGGAUAGAAAUGUAGUUUGUCUCUUUUAUCCGAUUAUUAAUCGAUUAAUCGAAGUAACAAUCGACAGAUUAAUCGUUUAUCAAAUUAAUCGUUAGUUGCAGCCCUAAUUGAAAUACUUCCAAAAUGUCAACUCUUUACAAAAUUGGAAUACAUUAGAGGACUUCUUCAAAAAAUACUUUUAUGAUUGUCCACUUUUUAAAAAUGACAACCAUCAAAAUGGUGUAUAAUAUCUCCCCUUCUCUUUUUUUAAUAUAUAUAUAUAUAU